CCUAGUGCAUUACCAGAUAGUCUAGCAGAUUAUACAGAAGAAGUUAGUACCCCCAACAGCCAUAUACCACCUGAAGGUCUUCUAGCCAAGGCUUUGUACCCAUGGAAGGCCAGACAGGAAACAGAUCUAACAUUUGAUAAAGAUGACACCAUUCUAGUCAGAGAGCAGCAGGAUUUGAAGUGGUUUGGUGAACUUAAUGGAAGGGUAAAAUAUUACAUCGCUAUCUAUAACUACGUAUCCCAAGAGCCAUCAGAUCUCAAUUUCAAUGAGGGAGAUAUGAUUUACGUUACUGGCACCACAGGUGAUUGGUGGGUUGGAACCUUAGCCGAUCAGAGCAAGUCAGGAGCAUUCCCAGCGACUUAUGUGAAAAAAUUGGACAUACAGCCAGAACAGAAGAGUCUUAAGAAGCCAGAAAUUGCUAGAGUUAUAGCCCCUUAUGUGGCAACUGGAACUGGUCAACUGAGCCUGGAGAUAGGAAACCUGAUCAACGUAAAGCAGAAAAGUCCUCGUGGAUGGUGGGAAGGAGAGCUGCAAGUGAGAGGUCAAAAGAAAAAGAUUGGCUGGUUUCCAGCUAAUUAUGUGAAACUAUUGGGUGGUUCCAGUGCAAGGUCAACCCCAGAACCAAUCACAGCCGCAUCGUUAAUGGUGGCAACACAGGGCAGUCGGUCAGCCACACCCCAGAGUGUUGCUAGUCAGGAUGGUUUCACUGGCAUUAAUCAGUUGGAAACUGUGGUGGCACUUUAUGCGUACGCUGCCCAGAACGACGAUGAACUAACAUUCCAGAAGGAUGCUGUGAUCACAGUGCUGAGUCGGGAUAAUUCUGAUUGGUGGAUUGGCCAGUUAGAUGGCCAGACAGGUGCAUUUCCUUCAAACUAUGUGACACCAAGUCCACAGUCUCAGUCGUGGAUGAAUGACACUCAAGGCACUCUCUCAAAAGCAGAACGUAAAAGGCAACAAGCCAUUCAAGAACUCAUCAACACGGAGGAAUCAUACAACAGUGACAUGCAAAUUGCGUUAGAGGUCUUCAAGAAGCCACUGCUCAACAACAAUGUAAUCUCUGCCGAAUUAGUAAACCUGAUGUUUGUUAACUGGGAAGAACUGAUUGUUUGCAACAAAAAGUUUUUACAAGCUCUCCGUGUAAGGAAGAAAAUGUGUGGCAAAAAUGGUGUUAUUGACAGUAUUGGUGACCUCUUGUGUGAAAGUUUACCUCACAUGACUCCCUACAUGAGAUUCUGCAGCUGUCAGCUAUCAGCAGCAGCAACUCUGCAGAGAGUGUCAGAAACUACUCCAGCUUUUCAGGAGUUUCAUAGGGCUUGCAUGCAGAACCCUAAAGUCAAGGGUGUGCACUUGAGUGGGUUCAUGUUGAAACCAAUGCAGAGGAUUACAAGAUAUCCACUGCUUAUAGACAAGAUCUUAGAAAACACUCCAGCAGACCAUGCUGAUCGAGGAAAUUUAGAGGAAGCUCUUAGUCUGGCUCAGGAGCUGUGCAACCAGGCCAACCAGUGUGUCAGGGAGAGGCAGAACUCGGACAGUCUAGAAUGGAUACAGAAACAUGUUCAUUGUGAUGGAUUAGCAGAGAACAUUGUAUUCAAUUCAUUAACAAACUGUAUGGGACCCAGGCGUUUGUUAUUCCAUGGAGUUCUGUACAAGGCAAAGAGUAACAAGGAGUUGGUGGGGUUCCUGUUCAAUGAUUUUCUUAUGUUAGCCUAUACAUCAAAACCAUUGGGACCCAGCUUCAGUACGGUGCGGGUAUUUGACACAGCUCUGCAGUUCAAAAUGUAUCGUGUGCCUAUAUUCCUAAAUGAGAUCUCAGUUAAGAAAGGAACUGAAGAUGUCGAGCCUACACAUUUCCAUAUCACCAGCGACAGAAACCUUAGCUUGAGGGCAGUCUCUGCUGUGGAAAGAGACACAUGGGUAAGGGAAAUUGAUGCAGCAUCCAAACAAUACAAGGACAAAGCCAAGACCAAACUAGAAAGAGCACACUCAGUUUUGCGAGCAAAACCAGUAGGCAGGGUCCUGGUUGUGGUGGAGGAGGGGAUAGGUCUGAGACCUGCACGUGAUGCUGGUAAGAGCGAUCCCUAUUGCGAAGUCAGCAUGGGCUCCCAAGAGCAUCGCACCAAAGUGAUCCCAGGAACUCUGAAUCCACGUUGGAAUGCUUCCAUGCAGUUUCUCAUCCGAGAUGUCGAGAGAGACACUCUCUGUUUUACAGUCUAUGACAGAGACCUUUAUUCUCCAAAUGAUUUCCUUGGCCGAACUGAAGUUAGAAUAAAAGAUGUGCUUCAUGAGAGUGGCGAGAGACGUGGACCAAUCACAAAGAGACUUAUCCUACAUGAAGUUGAAACAGGGGAGGUGGUCGUCAAGCUAGAUCUGCAGCUGUAUGAAUCAUAG